CGAGUGUUAUCCAAGCCAGUUUUACUUAGGAUUAGCAAUGUAGCAGAGAAAAUGUUUUAUCAGCUACCAUCAAUGGAAGGGAAAGGAAGUUAUAUCAAUGUUAAACAAUUUGCUACAUAGAAUUUCUUGCAGUUUGUUGAUCGUCUGAGGACACAGGUGGAACAACAAGUACCAGAUCCCAUGGUGCAGACAGAGCUGAUCAAAGAGAUGGCUCAAAGAAAUGCUAAUGAGACCUGUCGUAGAAUUAUUCUUAGCCUUCCCCUAGAACCUCCACCUACUCUGUCCCAGAUGAUAGAAGCUUGUUCCAGAAGGACAGAAAUGUUCUGCGCAUCUGAAAGAAAUCCUGGACCUACACACCCACAGCAUACAGCCCCUGCAGGACCAAACCCAAACAGGCAACUGAUGCCACCAAAUCAGCUGCAGCGCAUCAUCUGCCUCCGCUGCAGGAAACCAGGACACUUCACCAGAACCUGCCCUCAGACCCAGAAGCAGAAGAAAUCCCAGACAAAAAAACUGAAUUUACAGCGCGUGCCCGCUGUUAAUACUACAACGCGCAAAGAUAUAAAUAUAGCGGGACUCACAUUGGCAAAAGCCUCUCUCUUAAAGAAAAAGGGGGAGGGCAGGUCACAGGGUGUGGGGGUGCAAAAAAAUGUAAAUGUUAAAUGCUCAACUAACAAGGUUUGGCAGCCACUAGGCCAUUUUAGACUUGUAACUACCAAAGGUUUUCAUUUCAGAUCUACUGAGUGGAUGGUUAUAACAGUUGACCUAUCAAACAUCUCACAGGACCUGACGGUUUACGACAUGGGAUUGGACAAGAAAACCUACCUCCCACUCAACCCUAUGAUGAACCCCAUCCAAGUUGUCAUCCUGCUAAUGCUGAACAGUCUGGUAGCUGCAUGGAUCGUCCCUCAGCCGCGUCAGAACGUCUGGGUGACCCUGGCACAGACACUUCAGCAAGAAAACAUAUGUUUGUCCACUGCAGCAGCUAAGAACCCUAUGUCCACCUGUCUGGUAGGAAUUCCUUUGCAGGCUGGAGAAUUUCCAGCAAGUUUGGACAAAUACAAGUCCAACGAAGUUCCGGAGGCGCACACCCCACAACCACACAAGGAUCAUCAAAAACAAGAUGUGUUUGCCAUGAACCCCUUAGCGGAAUGGGUGCGGGGUUUGCCCAAGGUAGCUCAUGAACCUCAGGAGUUAGAACUAUUGGGUUCCUCCCCUGCAACAUACUGCAUCCAUUUCUCUGUCAUCCCAAAACCCACUAGCACUGACGAGUACCACCUUAUAAGACAGUUCCGGGGAGAGUUUACUGCAAAGAGGUGGUGUCAUAAUAUAAGCCACAUUGCAGCAGACAACCCAUCUCACUCUAGCCCCAGAAGCCUCCCUAAGGGAUUGUUCUUGGUUUGUGGGGAUCGGGCAUGGGCAGGAAUUCCAUUGCGGCUUUUAGGAGGGCCAUGUACCGUAGGGCGAUUGUCCGUAUUGACACCCAACCAAACUUUAAUUCGCGAAUGGACUCACAAAAACAAAUCGGCUGACAAAAUUCAAAAAAGGAGUGCUGACAAUUUGGACCCAAAUUGUAAUUCAGAAAUUUUUCAUUGGGCAAAGUCAAAAAGAGUUGCUGUAUCCCUGUUUCUUCCGUGGGUAGCAGCAGCCAAAGCUCUAGGUGAAUUGGGCCACCUAGAGUGCUGGGUGGUCAAACAGGCAAACUUAACAUCCAUCGCCAUCAGCUCUCUCCUAGAAGACGAGGAGAUUACCAGACAGGCCACCAUCCAGAACCGUGCUGCUUUUGAUUAUCUUUUGCUAUUGCAUGGACAUGAAUGCCAGGAAUUUGAAGGACUCUGUUGCAUGAAUCUGUCCUCAAAGGCUCCAAACAUCCAUGCUGCCCUCCGAAGCAUGAACAACAUGAUCGGGCAAGUGAAGCAAGAAUCUGAAGACUGGAUCAAGGAACUGUUCAAGGGCUGGGGAUUCACUGGGUGGUGGAUUUCUGUAGUUAAAAAAAUUUUGUUACUUUUUGUUAUCCUUUUCCUUGUAACCAUAGCAUUCGGGAUCCUACGCUGUUUGAUUUUCAAGGCUAUUAACAGCCUCAUACCUUCUACCUCAGAAGUCAACCACAUAGAGUUGGCAAACCUAAAGUGAUCUGGUUUCCCUACCAAUCAUAAGUGGUGGGAAAACCCACACUCCGUGUCAAACUGAAUUUGAGAAUUUUUCUUGGUAUCUUUUUAAACAAAAAAAGGAGGAGAUGUUACAUUCCCCUGGGGAAAUGGUUUCUCUGCCCUCAGGGACCCCUGGAGCUCAUGUCAUGUAGUCUGACCCUUCCUUCCCUUUCUGACCCCAUUGGCUGUGUGCCAGCUUGCCCCUCCCUCAGAAGUCCUGAGAAAAGACCCUGUCCCCCUGGGGACGUCCUCUCUUUCCCCGGACACCAUCUGGAAAUAAACAUCACUGCAGCUAAGGGUGAGAGCCUCUUUUGAAUCCUUUUCCUGUCUCUUGAUAUAUUCCUCCUAGGCCUGAGAAGGACUGAGCUAGCUUAGACCCGUAAGGGAAUUAAAGGAGGUUUAUUUAUCACUUAUAUACUAUUUCAAACAGGUUAAUAAUUUCUACUACAAUAAUCAGGUUAAAAAUCACACAGAAAACUCAUGCAUUUUACAACAAUUCUUUGCUUGCAGAAGUUGAUUGAAUCUUUUCUCUUUCCAUAGGCAGGUUUAAUCCCAUCUCCUGUAAUUUUCACAGUUCUGUUUGUUCCUGCCAUGGCAUCCUGGUUAUCAAACCAGCUAUGCUAAUCAAGUCUGACUCUCUGUCUCGUGUAUUCCCAUAUUUGUUCAAACUGACUAGAUCAAAAUGCAAGAAGGUGCAGGAAAAAAUGGAUCUGUAUAUUUAUAAAGCAAAUAAACAUGGAUUGUGUGUCACAGUUCUGUGAAAUGCUGGUGUACCAAACUAAAGGAACAAAUAGAAGCAGAAGGUUCCCAGUUUCCUUAUCAGGGAAAGCAAUGCAUGUUGAUACUCUUUAGCCUGUGCUGUGCAUUUUUUAUGACGCACAUAUUCAAAAAAAUUUCCAGGUUGAGCCCUUUUUCCUAAGCUUGGCAUUAUUCGACCUGAAAAGUAAUUGCAAGAUUUCAGCUGACUUCCACAUGGACUUGAACCCUCCAUCUGUCCGGGACAUGCUGCUGGAUAACUCUGAGCCUGGAGCAGAGGGCACCCAGGGACACUGUCCUGGACAGAGCCUUGAGCACAAGGUCCCUGAGUCCUGCCUGCGCUACAUAAAAUGGACGAAUAUCUCACUUUCUCCUCAUUCUGUGUCACUGCUGAGGCUUUUCAGUGACUGUGGAGUGUGGUGUUAUCCACUGUGUGAUAACCAGAAGCCAGCAUUUCUCUGGAGUUUUGGUCGGUGUCCAAGUUGCCACGCAGGGCUCACUGGCAGCGACAGGCCAGGUGCCAGGGACAGAUUUCCAAGACUUGGCCAUGCUCAAGCCUGGGGGUGUUCUCCGUGACCAACCCACACACAGAGAUCUUCCUGGUGGCCCAUGUGGAGAAGGUGCUGCAGGGCAGCAUCGCCCACUGUGUAGAGCCCUACAUGAAAAACUCAGACCCCGGGAAGGUACUGGCUGGGGCCAUGGGAGUAUCAACUGAGUGAUGCUGUCUGCUGCUGCAGGGAGUAGAGCAGGCUGAAACAUGGGUUCUUCUGCGGCUCUUCAGUUUCUUUCUGACUGCCCAGAAGGUCCAUAAGGUGGCCAAGCAGGUGUGCAGCCGUCUAGGGCAAUACUGGAUGCCGUUUGGCUGGGCUGCCAGGCCAGAGAAGACAAAACUGCCGGUCAUUCCAGCCCAGUUAAAUAUCAUCAUCAAAGACAUCCCGCUAGACUUCACAAAUUGUUUUGAAAUGAACAGGGCUAAUGCCUUUAUUAAUAUUCAGCUCUUUAUUAAAGUGAUCAGCUGGGUGGUAGAGCCCGACGGAGUUUUCCCACGCUGCUGUAGCAAUCCAGAGGAGCAGGAAGUGUUCCAGUUCACCAUUCAGCUGCAGACAGCAAGUGCCAAGUCUUUGUUCCCAUGGGAACUCCUAGAUGCCGAGGCCGUUUCUACAGGUUAAUAGGUCUUAAAGGUCCAAGAACAUUUUAAGGUCUUAUACGAAGUUGUUUAUUACAUGAAAGCAUGUAUCUGAAGGUGUGAGAGUCCUAAAUGAGCGGUCUUACAGUCUCACAAUCGGUUAUGAGUAUAAAGUCUUAGAAAUAAAAUACCAGAAUAAACAGUAGUCUUAACAUGGAAUUAAACAUAACAUUCCAGCCUUAGAAUAAAACAACCUUCAACUCCUGACCCCAAACAGGGUUCCUGGCCGCGAGGAUCUCACUGACAGAAAAGGGGUCCCGAAUCCCAAACAGAGUUCCUGGCCGCAGGGAUUGCAGUGACAGGAAGGGGGUCCCGAGGUCCCAAACCCACACAGAGUUCCCAGCUGCAGGGCCACAAUGGCAGAAAGGGAUCCCGGGGUCCCGAACCCCUGCAGAGUCCCCGGCAGCCCCGAACAGAGUUCCGUGGCAAGCGCCGCAAAGGGGAAAGGGAAGGGACAGGACCCCGGGGCCCUGCUCCCAAGUGACAAAGACUACAAUAGAUGGUACCUUUAGAAUCCCAUUCAGCUCCUUGGCAGGGCUCGUUCUUCAGGCUGCAGAAGGUGGAGGUUGGAUUGAUAGAUCAGAUUGAUCAAUCGAUACCUUCACUUCCAACCUUUUUAUCUAUAAGUUACAAAUGCAUAUUCAUAUCUUUAUCUACACACUGGCCAAUCUAGGUGCAAUUUUUAAAGUUCGUAAAACUACAAAAAACUAUGAAAAGCAGUAUCACAAAACCUACACAUAUAGCAUAUCUAUCAGUGCAAAAACUCUAUCUUGCUAGUGUAAAAGUUCUAUCUUAUUGUGCUUAAAAAUUCUAUCAUGUUAUGUGAAAAACUCUAUCUUAGAAUACGUAAAAAACUUUAUCUUAUUUGCGCAAAAUUCAUACCAAAAAUUAUAAACAGUACUCUAUUUUUGUUGUGUCUAAACUAUCACUAGGCCUGAAGCUCUGUACUUCUACACUAACAAUUAGGCACUUAGGGCAUGUGAAGCUUAAAACUGAGGCUUACAUUUCUACUUUAUGUGUGUGUGGCUUUAUAUAUUCUAAUUUUUCUAAAGGUUUUAUUUCAGUCCCUGCUCUUCUCACUCUCUACGGGGGAUCCAUGGAAACAUGGACUCCAACACCUAGAAGCUCUCUCUGGUCACCUUGAGGAGGCAGAGUGGUGCAGGUCUGUCGCUGAUAUGCACAGCAGCAGAUAUCAGCUUUUUACCCUCAUGGGAUAAACCCGAGGCUUUUUUUCUUUGUCUGCCACUCGAGCUGGCCCAGCCCCAUGUCAGUCUGGCUCUUUACAGACCGUGGUGAGUUCUCAAACUGGGUCAGGGGGUGCGUCCACCUCCUCCUCGGCAAGAACAUCGCCUGGCUCUUCCACCAUGUACAGUCUUCCAUCUUGGGGUGCCGUUCAUCUCCAAAGAACUGUUCCAGCGUACUGUGUGUUCAUCUUAUUUGCAUAUGCCUUCCUCGAAUAGGCAGUGUGGGGGGGGGGCUGGGUGAGCUCCAACUACAGUAGAUACAAUCAGGACAAUCAACUAGCUUUUAACAUGCUAAUUCAGAAAUGCAGGACUGGCAAGAUAUCUGCCCAGCACUCACACCCACUGAGAAUUUGUUCAUAACAGUUUCACAGCUUCUUAUAUUCCUAUAAAACCUUUUGAGAAGGGCAGUGAGGACAUUGCAGUUGAAGUGGAGGAGCUUCUCCCAGAAGUUGCAAAAUACUGUUACCCCUUCAUGGUCUACAAAAACCACCUCUAUGUCUACCCCUUACACUUGAAGUAUGAGAACCUGAAGGUGUUUGCAAAGGUGAGUGACCUGGGCAGUGAGCUGGGCAGUGACCUGCAGCCAGGCUUGGUGUGGGCCAGGGUGAUGCUGCUGCUCAUCCUCCUGUUCUCCCCCAUUUCAAGCCAGGAAUAUUGCUGUCUGUGUUGAGUUCAGGGAUUCAGAUGAAGCUGAUGCCAGGCCAUUAAAGGUGGGUUAAUGUUACCUGUUAACGGGGCUGCCAUUUGGCCACUGCUGGAUGUUCUGUACCAGCCAGGCUGAGCAGGGCAGGAGAAAAGCACUGAGUUUCCAUGAUCACUGGUUUAAUUUGGCCAGCUGAUUUAGGGUGGCAGGACCCCAAAUUUAGCUCUUCAUUUGUGUUUCCAGUGCAUAUAUGGCAAACCUGGGGGCCGUCUGCUGACCACAAAUGUGUAUGCUGCCCUGCUGCAUCACAACCAGAGCCCAGAGUUCUAUGAUGAGGUAAAAGCAAAGUGUGGCAAACAGCAGAUCUUCCUGGAUGCUACAAUGCCAAGGGGCUUUUCAGGGUACCUCUUUUUCCAGGGCUGGGUGAAAUACAAAUAAAGGUAAUCACCAGCCCUUUGCCUCAGCAGAAGGGCUCAGCAAAGCCAGAGCCUUUGUAAAUUUUUCAUGUCAGUUUGUUUUCUGCUGUCUACUGUCACGCUUUGUGUACUCCAUUCACACACCCCCAUUAAUAAGUAAUGUUGCAAAUGUGAUGAAAAUGUUAGGAGCCAUUUAAGAUGGGUAAGAAUGUGUCUUGUGUAACUCCAUACAAUAUAACAUUUGUGAAAUGAAAUAGAACUAAAAUAUUACUCCACAACUAAAAAUACAGUCUGAUCUAUCGUGAUAUCAUUUUAGAUUACAAUUGAGCUUCCAAUUCACCUCCAUCAAAAGCAUCAUUUGCUUUUCAUCUUCUAUCAUGUCAGCUGUGAAAUUAAUACAAAGGCAACAUCGAAAAAUCAAGACACUGUUGAAACUCAAGUGGGGUUCGCCUGGGUGCCGUUGCUGAAGGACAGGCGGAUUGUCACCCUGGAGCGGCACCUGCCGGUGUCAUCAAACCUCUUCCCUGGGUACCUGGGGCUUGGAGACAUGGACUCACGGAAGAUGGGACCUUGUGGGCACAGCCAGGACCCCGCGACCCGAUCACGCUCCAGCCGGCACCGGGUGAUUUCUCGGGGAGCCCAUUGGCGCCGUGACCCUCGCCGCUCACAAUGACCCCUGGUGAGAGGAAAGUAGGAAACUAUUUGCCUUUGAGUGGGAACAUCCAGAAAAUGGAAGAAAAACCCAGCUCACCUGGAUGCGACUCCCGAUGGGGUACAAGAACUCACCCACUUUAUUUGGGAGUCAACUGGCAAAGGAACUGGAAAUCUGGACCAGAGAAGGGCAAGUACCGAGAGACCAAUAUCUAUUACUCCAGUAUGUAGAUGACAUUUUGAUUGCAACAGAGGAAGAAAUGACCUGCAUAAAGGUAACCUUUGAGAUUUUAAAUUCAUUAGGAAUGGGAGGGUAUAAGGUAUCCAGAGAAAAGGCACAGAUUGCUCAACAGACUGUGAUUUACCUGGGAUGUGAAAUCUCACAAGGGCAGAGAAAACUGGGUACUAAUUGUAUUCAAGCUACCUGUGUUAUUCCAGAGCCCCAGAAUCUACACGAGCUGCGGAUCUUCCUUGGAAUGACUGGGUGUUGUCGCCUGUGGAUCAUGGACUAUGGACUGAUUGCAAAACCCUUGUAUGAGGCUCAGAAGACACAGCCGUUCACCUGGGGCAAACCACAGAAAGAGGCCUUCCAUAAGUUAAAGGAAGCAUUGACAACUGCUCCUGCGUUGGGGUUACCUGAUCUGUCUAAAGACUUUCAGCUGUACGUGCAUGAAAGGCAGCGACUGGCACUGGGAGUCCUGACCCAACAACUGGGAAGCUGGAAAAGGCCGGUGGGUUACUUUUCCAAACAACUCGACAACGUAAGUGCCGGAUGGCCUUCAUGUCUGCGGGCAGUGGCAGCUACCAAGCUGCUGAUACAGGAAGCCAGGAAGCUCACAAUGGGAAGACACAUAGAUGUCUAUGUCCCACACAUGGUAACUACAGUCCUGGAACAAAAGGGGGGCCAUUGGCUCUCUCCAAGACGGAUGAUGAAAUUCCAGGUAACCCUGACUGAGCAGGAUGACGUUGCACUAAAAACAACUAACCUCUUGAAUCCAGCUCUAUUUCUAGGUGCCACAGCUGAGGAAGGUCCAUUAGAGCAUGACUGUCUAGAAGUAAUCGAGCACACCUAUUCAGCAAGAACAGACCUGAAGGAUGUCCCCCUAGAGCAACCAGAGUGGGAACUCUUUACAGAUGGAAGCAGCUUCAUGGAAAAUGGAACCAGAUACGCAGGAUAUGCAGUAACUACAAUUGAUGUAGUAAUAGAGGCAAAAGCACUACCACCUAAUACAUCUGCACAGAGGGCAGAACUAAUUGCAUUAACCAGAGCACUAGAGCUGAGUGAGGGGAAUACAGUAAAUAUAUGGGCUGACUCCAAAUAUGCCUUCGGAGUAGUGCAUGUACAUGGAGCUUUAUGGAAAGAAAGAGGAAUGCUGUCCUCCCAAGGUACACAAGGUACACAUCAAGAUGCGGUCCUACAACUGAUAGAUGCAGUACAAAAACCUGAACAAGUAGCAGUCAUGGCUUGCAAAGCACAUCAAUCAGGCAACUCCAAAAUUUGUGAAGGAAAUCGAAGAGCAGAUUGGGCAGCCCGUCAGGUAGUGUGAGAGGUGCAGAAAACAAUGGCAUUGAUACCUUCAAGACUUAAUAUCUCUCAAUUUAAUUUGCCUCCUAAGCCAAAAUAUACAAUAGAAGACGACAAACUAGCACAACUGCUGAAGGCACAGAAGAACGCAGAAGGGUGGUAUGUAACUGCACAAGGGUAAAUAGUGGUACCUCCUUUGGUAAUGAGAGAAAUUUUACAGGUAAAACAUAAUGAGUGUCACUGGGGUGCAGAGGCGUUGGUAAAGUGGUUAAGACAAUACCUAAUCUCAGUAUGGAUGCAAACAGUGUCCAAGUCAGCAAUGUCUAAAUGUGAAAUCUGCCUAAAAAACAACCCGGCAGCUAGACGACAGGCACAGUUAGGCAGAAUUCGGAUGGGAAUAGAACCAGGAGACUAUUGGCAAGUGGAUUUUGCAGAAUUGCCAAGAACUCGGGAAUACAAAUACCUGUUAGUAGGGGUUGACACAUUUUCUGGAUGGCCAGAAGCCCUUCCCUGUCUCACAAACCAAGCAAAGGAAACAGUUAAGUGGUUAUUACAGAUCAUUCCCAGGUUUGGGGUGCCCCUAGGGAUAUCAUCAGACAGAGGCCCACACUUCAUAGCCACCGUGGUACAAGAGGUAAGCAAGUUAUUGGGAAUAUCUUGGGACCUCCACACACCAUGGAGACCCCAGUCAAGUGGGCAAGUAGAGAGAAUGAACCAGACACUGAAGGGGCAGAUCAGUAAAAUAUGCUAGGAAGCCAAACUGCAGUGGCCGCAGGCUUUACCAAUAGCAUUGCUGAGAAUUCGGAUAAAGCCUAGGAGUGGGAUGUCAGUUAGUCCUUAUGAAAUAUUGUAUGGGAAACCAUAUGAAUCUCCUAACCCAUAUCCAAAUGUUCAUGUCACAGGGAAACAAGAUGUGUAUAAUUAUGUUCUGUCCCUCGGGAAAACUCUAGCUCGCCUUCGAAGUGUUCUCGUGUGGAACAGACCACUGGCCCUGGAGAAUUCAGUCCACAAUAUCGAACCAGGAGAUGAAGUAUACAUCAAAACCUGGAACGAAGAACCACUAAAAGAUAAGUGGACUGGUCCUCAUCAGGUACUGCUAACCACCUUUACAGCAGUCAAAGUGGCUGGAGUGGAACCCUGGAUACACUACACACGCGUGAAGGAGGUCCCUCGUGGAGUCCAAUCGUGGGCUGUAGAAACUAUAGGACCGACAAAGCUGAGGCUAAAACGUCUGUAACUGCUCAAAUGGUAUCGGUAAUUGUGCUCAUGCUCUUCUUGUGGGUAAUGUUAAUUUCAUGGAUACUAAUGUCACCAGUGGGGAUAUCUGUUACUUUGGGAUAUGGAAUACAGAAGGGUCAACUAACCACUCUUCAUUCUAGAAUGAAGAGAGAGGUACAGGCAAAAACACAAGUAAUAGAAAUUUCUAAUGAAAUUCGGGCUGAGAAGGUAAUGAUUGGAUUGAUCAGAGACUUUGCCAAAAUGCACAAUACCAGCAGAAUAACGGCCUGUCUGCCAAUACCAAAGGCAGCAGGGGACCCAGUAAGCUGGGGAAUAUUAACGUCAAAAUUACCUGAAAUAGGAGGGAACAAAACAGUCAAAUGUAAACAAGUACCAGAGUCAAGGGUGGUGGUCAAAGAGUACUGGAAGAUAACAGAGAGAUCCUAUAUGCAACCUAUGAGAAAAUCAGACUGCACUCUUAGUAAUGGCAAAUUAGGACAAAUCGUAGAGUGGUGGGUUAAGGACCAAGACCUUGCAAAAUAGGAAUGUUGGUUUCUACACUAUCAAAAGAUCAGGGACAACGCUACAGAGAGCAUUGUGGUGUGGAAAUGUGAAGAAAAGGAUUGGAAAGGACUGGAACCCUGGGACAGUGCAUGGUCUAUGAGUAUCCUCCAGAGAUUCCAAUAUAUGGCAAGCACACCCUGGUGGAUUAAAUGGAAAGGCGAAAAUGAGACAGAUCCCACGGUGAAAAGUACUGGUACUAGCAGUCAGAAAGAGGCAGAUAAGGUAAGUUGGUGGGUAUGUAAUAAAAUUUAUGAUUGCACCUCUGAUUACGUGGAAAUAAAACAGUGGUCACCACUGGCAGUAGCCUUACGAAUCAGUUGUGCCUGCAGGAAAAUUAGACACAAACAAGGCAAAAUAGAUUCCAAGAUUAUAGUAGGAUGUAGCAGGAGUACAAUUCAAAGUCCAGGACCGUUUGUAUGGGCAAUGAGUGAUGGCACAUGGACAACACACUUGCCUAUGGAUGGGGAGGUAAGAGAAAUCACCCUGGGCCUUCCCACUUUAUGUCCAAUUUGGAAGAAAUCCCCAUUUAAUGGGAGCCGUGAGCCCUUGCAAAUAAAAGCAAAACGAGAUGUCUCAGAAGACAAGAACCCAGAUGACACUUGGCAGGAACCCUCUAGUGGAGUAAAGAUUGGGUGGGCCCUAGAAUCCUUGUUUGGUCCCGUUGCAAAUUAUCGAAAUAGAGAAAUGCUAUAUAGACUCACAGGUCAGGUAGAUAGAUUAGCAAGAAUCACACGAGAGGGAUUUAAGGAACUCAACAUGCAAUUACAGGCCACCACCAAAAUGACUGCAAAAUCGUUUGGCUUUAGAUAUGUUACUUUUGAAAGAACACGGAGUGUGUAGAUAUUUAAAGAGACAAAUUGACCAUUGCUGCAUCCACAUCCCAAAUGUAACUGCAGAUGUAGAACAUGACAUCAGCCAGUUAAAACAAAUAGAGCAUGAGGCACAAAAGGAACAAUAGGAUUUAGCUACCAGCUGGUUAGGUAAAAUCUUUAAAGGAUUAGGAUGGAAUGAGAGUUCAUGGAUAAAGUCUAUCCUUGAAAAUCUGAUAAUUUUACUAAUUUUAUUUUUAGCAAUUUGGUUAGUUUACAGAAUCCUGAAGAGAGAGAUACAGAAAAAGGCAUCUUGGAACAGGACCAUAAUGAAGACAUUGGCACGGAAUCCAUAUCCAGCGCCUUCGAUCCUCAACAACAUCUGGGACAAAACCCAUGACAACCGAGGAUUUAAAGCUGAACAUCCAGUAGAAACUCUGAAGCCAAAUGGACUGUAUUAAGUGAAAGCAUUUACACUUCGUAUAUUAGAGUGAAAAUACUUUCAAAGGGGGGAAUGAUAGUGGAGAGUUAAAAAUAUUUUCUGUGUAAGCUAACUGCGGGUGGUGGGGGAAGGUAGAAGACGCACGGCUUAAAACCUGAUGCAGCCUGGCCUUGGAACAAACGUCAGCUUUCUGCAACCAGCUUCAUACUAUUGUUUUAAUUGAAUCAAGUGUGACUCCAGCCCAGGAGAUAAUUGAGAAGCAUUGUUUUAACCAAAUCAAGUAUAACUCAGGGUAAAGCAUAAGUAUGAUUUAAGAUAGUAACUAAGAAAUAGGAGAACCAGUAUCUAGGGGUGGAGGUUAGUUAACAUAUGUAUAACUUGAAGCUAUAAAAUCCCAAAACAUCUCUGUAUUCCUGGGCACAAGAUUUGGGCAUUCCAUGCCCGUGUCUCGCGCGCUCAAAUAAAGA